GGGUAGUUUCCAGCGACGAGGAUGGCGUCACGUUACGUAAGGCGUUCGGUGCUCAGGCCCCGCCCCUCCCGUUAACCCAGAACUCCCUGGAAUGUUCCACAUCCUUCCCCGGUCACCGCGCCGAGCACACAAGUCACUGAGCUGCAGGGAGCGGGGCAGGGUGUGAGCGCGGAGGCUGCGGCAUGUUCUAUCCCUGAAAGAGCCUCCUCGGCCGGCUGUCCUGGAUUAUCGCUAAUAUUUGCAACCCACCAAACAUGUUGUGCUGGGGAAACGCUUCCUUUGGACAGCUGGGACUAGGUGGAAUCGAUGAAGAAAUAGUCGUAGAGCCCAGAAGAUGCAACUUCUUCCUCCACAAAAUAGUCGGGGAUGUUGGCUGUGGAAGCAGGCACACUGUUUUUGUACUAGACGAUGGGACUGUCUAUACGUGUGGGUGUAAUGACUUGGGGCAACUAGGUCAUGACAAAAGCCGAAAAAAGCCAGAACAAGUUGGAGCCCUUGACGCUCAGAAUAUCGUUGCGGUCUCGUGCGGGGAGUCGCACACACUUGCACUAAAUGACAAAGGUCAAGUGUUCUCCUGGGGUCUGGCUAAGGAUGGCCAACUGGGCUUCUCCAUAACAGAAGACUAUAUAAGAGUACCAAGAAAUAUAAAGAGUUUAUCUGAUGUGCAGAUUGUACAGGUAGCCUGUGGUCAAAAGCACUCAAUCUCUCUCUCCAGAGGAAGUGAAAUUUUUGUUUGGGGAGACAACAGAUAUGGCCAGCUUGGAUUGGGCUGUGAGCUCAAGAAGGAGACAACACCCAGGCCCCUGAAGUCCUUAUCUGGGAUCCCCUUUCAUCAGAUUGCUGCUGGGGGGGCACAUAGUUUUGCUCUGACGCCGUCAGGAGCCGUUUUUGGUUGGGGACGGAAUAAAUUUGGACAGCUUGGUCUCAAUGAUGACAGGGACAGAUAUUGUCCAUGCCUUCUCAAAUCAUUGCGCAGUCAGAAAAUUGUACACAUCUGCUGUGGUGAAGAUCAUACCGCUGCACUGACCAAGGAAGGAGGAGUUUUUACUUUUGGAGCUGGAGGAUAUGGACAGCUUGGUCAUAAUUCUACAAACAAUGAGAUCAACCCUAGGAAAGUGUUUGAACUCAUGGGGAACAUUGUCACACAGAUCGCUUGUGGACGACAGCACACUCUGGCCUUUGUUCCUUCAUCUGGUCGUAUCUAUUCCUUUGGACUUGGAGGCAAUGGACAACUAGGAACUGGGUCAACAUGUAACAGAAAAAGUCCUUUUACUGUGAAAGGAAACUGGAUAUCCCACAGUGAUUUCUCCCAGCAUCCUGUCAGUAUAGAUGGGUGCUACUGUGUGAAGAAAAUUUUUUCUGGUGGAGACCAAAGCUUUUCACAUUACUUUCAUGUACAGAACUGCCUUCCACCAGAUGACUUCCGGAAGUGUAACCAUUCCACACCAAUAUGGACCAUAAAUGAGGAGCUUAUUCAAAGAUGGCAGAAUUUCACAUCAGGAAGACUUCCAUUAGAUAUAGUAAAUGAAAUUGACAAAGUAUUCUCAUCGGCUGCUUGUAUAAAUGGAAGUUUUCUCUCUACCAGCAAUGAUGAUCAUUACCGAACAAGUGCCAAGUUCUCAGGGAUAGAUAUGAAUGCUGCUAGACUCCUGUUUCACAAGCUGUUGGAUUCAGCACCACAGCAAGCUGUACAGCAGGUGGCUGCCAGCUUGGAAAAAAGUCUCAUACCAAAACUACCAAGUUCCCCACCUGACAUUGAGGCUUUGAGACUGUACCUCACGCUGCCAGAGUGCCCUCUUAUGACCGACCCAAACAACUUUUUGUCUUUAGCAAUUCCGUUUGGGACUGCAAUUAUUAACCUUGAAAAGACUCCGUCAAGAGUUCUUGAAAACUGGUGGUCUACCCUUGAAAAUCCAGGGUUCAUGCGAGUAGUGCAGCUUUUCAAAGAUGUUGUGUUGCAUCUAUUGAAUUCUCUAAAAGUUGGAGUUCCUCAUGCGGAAAGAAGAACUUUCAACACUUUUCUUAAUAUUGCCCUGAAGGUUUUGGAGAGUGUGCAUAGGGUAAAUGAAAGAUCAGGACAGAUUAUACCUUAUGAUAAAUUCUACAUCCAUGAAAUACAAGACUUAAUAAGUAUCCAGCAUGACUAUCUGGCUUGGAUCCAGCAACAGGCACUUGGUAUGGACGUAAACCAGGGAUUACCUGAGGGACCAGAUGGCUCUCUCACAAUUUGUACAUAUCCAUUUGUUUUCGAUGCACAAGCUAAGACAACGCUUCUACAGACGGAUGCCGCCAUACAGAUGCAGAUGGCGGUCGAUCAAGCCAACAGACAGAAUUUUUCAUCACUGUUUCUUCCAGUGGUUGAAUCGGUGAACCCGUGCCUAAUGUUAAUCGUCCGCAGAGAAAACAUUGUGGGGGAUGCUAUGGAAGUUUUAAGGAAAACCAAAAACAUUGACUACAAGAAACCUUUAAGGGUUAUUUUUGUGGGUGAAGAAGCUGUUGAUGCAGGUGGAGUACGUAAGGAGUUUUUCUUGCUCAUAAUGAGAGAACUUCUAGAUCCAAAGUAUGGAAUGUUUCGUUUCUAUGAAGAUUCCAGACUCAUUUGGUUUUCAGACCAGACCUUUGAGGACAGCGAUUUGUUCCAUCUCAUCGGUGUGGUUUGUGGCUUAGCAAUUUACAACUUUACUAUUGUUGAUCUUCACUUCCCUUUGGCUUUAUAUAAGAAACUUCUGAAGAGGAAGCCAACCUUAGAUGAUCUAAAGGAGCUGAUGCCAGAAGUUGGCAGGGGCAUGCAGCAGCUGCUGGACUACAUGGAGGAAGACCUUGAAGAGACCUUCUAUCUCAAUUUUACAGUUACGGUGGAUAAAUAUGGAACUACAGAAAUCAAGGAACUGAUUCCUAAUGGUGCAGAGACACCGGUGAACCAGAAAAACAAGCAAGAAUUUGUAGAUUGCUAUGUGGACUACAUCUUCAGUCAUUCAGUGGCUUCCUUAUUCAGUGCGUUCUUUGCAGGCUUUCACAAGGUGUGUGGAGGCCGAGUGCUAGACCUCUUCCAACCAAAUGAGCUGCAGGCCAUGGUUAUCGGCAACACAAACUACGACUGGAAGGAGCUGGAGAAGCUUACUGAAUAUAAAGGAGAGUACUGGGCAGAUCAUCCCACCAUCAAAAUAUUUUGGGAGGUUUUCAAUGAGUUACCACUUGAACAGAAAAAGCAAUUUUUAUUGUUUUUGACAGGCAGUGACCGGAUACCAAUUCUUGGAAUGAGAAGCUUAAAACUUAUAAUACAGCCGACGGGCGGAGGAGAAUGUUUCCUACCUGUUGCCCACACGUGUUUCAAUCUCUUGGAUCUCCCAAAAUACACCUGCAAAGAGACACUGCGAGAAAAACUGAUCCAGGCUAUUGAUCAUUACGAAGGCUUCAGCCUUGCAUAAAGGAGACUUUCCGCCUUCUCCACUUUACUUUGCAGCCUUGAGUACCUGAGCCAUGCCAAGAUGAUAUUUAAGAUUCUAUAUAAUUUAAGUUUUCUUAGAGCUGUUUAUACCAUUAAGGCAGAAGACCUGUACAGGCUGUGGACACCACCUUGUACAUACCCGUGAGUGUCGCUUUCUCCCAAUUUUCAAAUUGGACUUUCUCUACAAUGAGUGAAUUUAAGUUCAUUUACCUCUAUAUUGUUUAUAGCACUCAACACAUUUUAAACAAGUCUGUGAAAAAAAAUCAAACUAAUAAAAGUUUUUACUUUA